UCGAAUUCUCGAAUUGUCAUUUUGUCAUUUUUGUUCAAUUUCGUCACUUUUAAUUGUAAAAAGUUUGUUAUAUGCUUGCAGUUUAUUAUGCAGUGUUUUCAAUAGAAGGAAUACGUACGUAAUAAUGUCAACUACGGAAACAGAUUGUUUACAAGAUACUGUAACAGUGUUAAUAAAUGCUAUAGGGGAUAGUGAAAAUUCCGUCAAUAAUGUUAUAAUUAAGUCACUCACGAAAAUAGCAAACACAUAUCCUAAUGAAGUGAUAGACAGAUUUUGUGAAUUCUAUAAAAAUAGUGCCAAAGUCAACAAUACGCAGCUGAGUAACAUUGUCAAUACUGCAGAUGAACAAAGAUUCAUGGUUUUAGAACAAACAUGUGUGAAUCAAGUAAAGAAACUCAAUUCGAGGACAGCAACGGACUUGGUGAAUGCAAUGCUCCGUGCAAUGACGGAGAACACAGCUUACGAGCCCAUCAUACAGAUGGGAGCCUCUUCAGUGCUAGUAGCUGUUAGCCAUGAGUACUUGGAUAUGAUACUGAGGUUGCUCAUCAACCAGCUGUCACCAGCGUCGGUGCCGCACUACGCCAUCGUGCACACGCUGGGCACGCUCGCCGCUGUCAACACGCACGCCGUUGUGCCGCAUAUUAAGGAGAUUCUGAGCAAAAUGCUUCCCCUGCUCACACUCGUCAAGCAAGACGGCGUUAAACAAGCCUUCGCUUACGCAUUCGGCCACUUCGCUGUCGCUGUCGCUGAACAAAUCGGCGAUAAUGUCGAGAAUGAUAACAUAACAUCUAUCAAAGAAAAUUUUGUCACAGAAUUCUCCAUAAUAUUUGACGUAUUGUACAACCAGUGGCUCUCAUCUCACGAACCUAAAGUAUCUGAAUCGAUAUUAGAAGCACUCGGUCCGAUAACGAGACUAAUAACAGAAAGACAGUUCAACGAAACUGUCAACAAAUUUGUUCUUUCAUUGCUGUCUUUGUACCGAAAACCGGCAUUGAACUUCUACUAUAUUAGUCAAUGUAUAUCCUAUUUACUUUCACCGUCAGCUUUGAACCCCAAGUUGACUCUAAAUGACAACGUAAUUACUGCUAUAAAUCACGCCAUGUUCAAUUUGGUCCUAGUCGAGCCGGAUUAUGAUCAGCCGCAUACUGUUAAAAAUCAUUUCGAAGUAUUGAGAUGUUUGGAUCAUAUGGCCGGACAGUUUCCCGAGCAGACAAUCGAAGGUCUGUUACAGCAGUGUAAGAAUAACCAAGAAAAAGAUAGGAUGAAGGCUGUUAUAAUUUUAACACACUUGACGACUUCAUCGCAAGUCUUUAUUGAUAAGUAUGCUGCUAAAUUUGUAGCUAUUCUGAAAGUCAUGAUCAAUAUGGAACAGAACGUGAAAAUGAAGAAAUUGUUGAUUAAAGCUAUCGUAGGUUUAGUUUAUAGAAAUUGUAUAACUACACCUGAAGAAUUUUCUAUGAUAGAGUUUAUAAUAAAACACUGCGGGUACGAAGGACCGGCUAACAUUCCAAAACACGAUAUAUUAGAUUUACACGACACUUGCAGGAGUUCCUUAAUACUUAUGUGUAAUACGGUGACGAGUGUCAGAACACAAUUACGAAAUCUAUUACUCACAGCGUUAACUGUCGAAGAAUUCACCAGUUCUAUGGCUACAGUGAGUCAUUGUUUAACUUCGCUUCUGCAAAACAAUUCCGAUGUAAUACUAAACGAGGCACCAGACAAAGCUCUCGAAGUCAAAAUAUGUCCCGAUUUAGUUUUUGUUAGAUGCAUAACUCAUAUCGUAGAUCCGAAUGAGACAGAAAAAAAUAAAAGCUUAUUGAUAUUCUUGGAGGAGUAUUCCGGUGAUGUUCAUAAGAAUUUGAAGAAUUCUUGGACGGUAGAAAUACAGAGAUUGUUAAAAUUUGUGGACAAGAAUGAGUCGAGAGAUCAGUGGCACGGCAUGUUGCUGGAUAUGUUAGUGUCGGCCAUCGAGCAGGUGAACAGCAACAAAUGGGUAGAGACGAUAGCGACGCUACUCUCACAACAAGUUCUAAGCAAGAAACAGACUCCUAUAAUAAAAGGCGUAUCCAUGCAGUACUUGGCCAUUCUAUCUUGCCACAUGUCCAAUGCUGCGGCGGUCGAAAAAGUCUUGAAAAUAAUAAUCUUCUCUUUAAAAGCGAUACCUUUGGAGAGUUGCGAUUACGUGAGUAAAGCAAUCGGUAUCGCGUCCAGGCAGCACGGAGAAGACGUCAUGAACGAAUUAGAUGCAAUCUACAAAGAGAAUGAAGCUAAAAGAGGCAACAAACUAUUCAAUUUCCUUUCGCCGAAAAGUUCAAAAAAUGAAAUUGAGAUUAAUGUGGUGAAAUUUGCUGCUAUUUCUUGCUACGGAAAGGUUGCCAACGAGUGUCUUGACAUACAUGUUCUGGCGCGUCUUGGAGAAAAUGUAACAGCUAUUUUGCAUGACACAUUGAAGUCAAAUCCGCCCUUUGAUUUGUGCAAAGCCAGCGUGACUACACUUUACGAAAUCAGCAAGGCGCUGCAACCUGCAUCGCAUCAUAACAUUACGCUGCGGAAUCGCUGGCAGUUGUUAAACGCUGUCCUAUCGCAAAUAUACAACUCAAACAUCGACGGCCGCAACGUGGAACUAUACCCUAUAAUAGUGAAGGCUUCGAAAGCCUUGACGAAACUGCAGAAAGGAAUAUUACCCGAGGAAAGGAAUAAGAUACUGAGAGUUUUAUUCGGCAGUAUCUUUGAAGAAUUGUCGUCAUUUAAAUAUAAAUAUGAAAUAGAAGGUAAUGGGGAUAAAAAUGACGUGUUGGCCAAAACUUUGAACGAUUCAUUGACGCUAUUGCAUCAAUUGAUUAGAGAGUUGAUUAUACAAUCAACGUGUUUGAGUACGAUAGAUGAUCUAGUCGGACUUUUGAUGGAAUGGAUACGUAGUGAAAAUGAGGAGAUCAGAUCGGCCGCCAUGUUGAUACUGCAAGUUGUUUUCGAUUCGUAUAUAAAAAAUGUGAAACUGAAUUACGAAACUCCUAGUAAAUUCGGUCAGAUGGGAUAUCUGCUUGGUAUAUUGGUGCCUGGCGUCGCCGAUACUAACUUCCAAGUGAGAUUGACAACAGUGGAUUGCAUCAAAUUGAUAAUACAAACGCAGGAUUUGUACGAAGGACGUAUUAUCGAGGAGGACGAUGAAUGUAUGGCGAGUCUUUCUCACCUGCAGAAUAAUAUAUUGACGAAUGAUUUUAAUAUGAUCAAUGAUUACUGUACUAUUUUAUGUGAUACUAUAUCGUCUAAGAUACCUCAUCAUCAUACGAUGCAGUUUAUAGAGAGUUUGUUGGAAGGUUACGACAGCCAGGAGUAUAGGAGUGUGGGGAUCAGCGCGGUGCUGAACGCUCUGUUUAUAAAGAAGGGUCAGGAUUUGUACCAGAAUAUUGAGAGGGUAGUGGAGGUGAUGCUGACCACGAUGGACGAGGUGAGCGAGGAGGCGUCAGCUCGGCUGCUGGUGCCGCUCACCUCGCUCACGAGGCACCACUCUAACGCGGUCACGGCUGUGCUGUUAACGCAGAAGUUGCCCUUGAAACCAUCGGUAAUGUCCUGCUGGCGGCGGCUGGCGGGCGACGAGAGCCUGUCGGAGGCGAUCAUAGACAACUUCCUGCGGCUGAUGACGUCCAUCGAGCUGUACGAGGACCCCUACCACGUCACCGACACACACAUCGCCGCGCUGCAGCCGCUCACCUUGAUAAGCGCGUUAGGCGAGAUGCUGCAAGUGUCGACAAUGAAGUCGCUGUGUGCGAGCAAGUUCGCGGAGUUGUUCGCGGUGCUGUACACGAGCCUGGCGUGCUACCUGGAGGCGGCGGCGCCCGCGUACAGCGUGCCCGCAGCGGGCCGCGAGCGGUACGGCAUCGUGCCCAACAGGGACGCCAUCAAACUCUCCCCGGCUAAGAUCACUGCAUAUACCUUUAACGCAUUUCUGGACCAGGCUGAUUGUCAAAAGGUGAGGGAGGCGUGCUCGCUGUGUCUGUCGGUGGAGCACGGCGAGGGCGGGGGCGGGGGCGAGGGCGAGGGCUUGCUGUGGCAGCUGGCGGCGCUGCUGGCGGGCGCGCUGGGCGGCGCGCGGCGGCCGGCGGUGGCGGCGCGCCUGGCCCGCUUCGCGCGCGCGCCCCUCCCCCCGCAGCGCUGCGCCGCCGUCGCGCUGCUCGCCAACAUGCUCGACCACGGAUGUAACGAGAACCCGGUGUUGGUGGAGACGAUCCUGGCGACGCUGAGCGCGGGGUGGAAGGACGAGGCGCAGCGCGUGCGCGCGGCCAGCCUGCGCGCCGCCGCCCGCCUCGCGCGCCUGCCGCCCGCCGCGCGCCGCGCCGCGCUGCCCGCCGCGCUCGGCGCGCUCAGCCAGGCCGUCGACGCACACAACACCGGAUCAGCGAUCGACAACGUCCCUCUAGCAGCCAUCCAGGGGUUGAGUCGCCUGCUGUCGGAGCUGGACGGGUCGGAGGAGACGGAGCGCGAGCUGGUGUCGAUAUCGCAGAAGAUCCGGCCCUUCAUGAACACGGAGCUGGCGGCGCUGCGCGCGGCCUCCAUCCGGCUGUUCGGCGUGGUGGCGGCCCGCCCGCGCCGCCUGCGGGACGCCGCGCUCGCCGCGCUGCCCUGCUUCCUGCUGCGCCUCGCCGACACCAACCCCGCCGUGGUUAAGGCUAGUAAAUUCACAUUACGUGAAGUAUUCAAGACGUUGAACGCGGCGAGUUGCGAGGAGUUCGUGCAGCAGCAUCUGGUGGAGGGCGGGCGGCUGCAGCUGGAGCAGUUCCUUCGCGCGUUACUGCGGCGGGCGGCGCGCGAUUUGCCCGCCUCGCGCUCUUUGCCCGACCAGCCCGAGCUGCCCGCCUCGCCCGGCCUGCACCGCGCGCUGCCGCCCGCGCUGCCCUACCUGCACUGCGCAGACCUGAUGCCCUACCCGCCACUACUCAUAGGUCUUUUAUACGAGGAAAUAUACCACAUGCAAGAGGAGUCAUCGGAGGAAAUAGAUCUAGAUCCAGACAUCACGAAAAGCGCUAGAACUCGUCUACUGCAGCUCAUGAAAGACCCCAACCCAGCUGUCAGACAGAACGCGGCCUUCGCCCUCGCCAACAUCUGCCUGGUCUGUACACAGAGGACCACGAGUGGUCAACUUGACACGGAGACCAUCUGACCAUGUGGUCAAUAAAUUUGACUAUGUAUUAAUAAUAAUUAUAAAAAAAAGGUAAUAACCACGCCCGAUUCGAUUGACAUAAGUACAAUCGCGGAAAUAUGCAGUGUUCCACUUUCCAAACAAUUGACUUGUUCUUUGCAAGACAAACUUCAAUUUAAAAAUAAGCAAUUAAGUAGCAUUGAGUUAAUAACGAAAUAAUAAAAAAACAAUUAUUCAUAUGUGUUUUACAUACAGGCACAUUUAAAAACUGCGUUCUGUUUGCGCGUCUCAAUGCAUUUUAAACUUUUAGACUGUGACUUAAGGGAACACCGUCAAAAUCCCUAAUUGUACAUUAAUACUGAUUUAAAUUUUAAACCACAUUGUCUUUGUUCUUAACACACAAACCUGUUAAUAAAGCGAGUUAAAUAUAUAUUUAUUAUUUUAAAUAUAUAUUUUGAUAUAUUUGUCUCGUUCCCUUCAACAGCGUCCAUUUGGCGUCUUUUGGACGUCGCAAAGUUUAAGUUAACGUUUUUAUACAAAUUUAGUUUUACCAAAAUAGUAUUAAGCAUUUAACAGUUUAUUGUAUGUUUGAUAUAUUUACAACAUAUAAUAACUUCUUAUAUUUGUUGACAAAUAGUUUUUUUUAUCUUAGUUUUGACAUAAGACAAGUUGGUCUUGAAAUAUGUAAUUUUUAAGCGUUCUCGUGGUUUUGUGGUAAAGUAAAAAAAUAAAACUCAUGUCAUGCCAUUACAAUUCUCGUAGUGUAAAAGAUAGCAUUGAAAGUGUUAGAAUGAAAAAUAAUGUGUACUUAAGAAAUUAUAAACAAUUGCAAUUAUUGUUAAAUUUUAAUUAAAAUACUUGUUCAUUGACGUUAAAAAAGGUUUAAUAAAUGCUUGUUACGAAUGUUAUAGUGAGACUGAAAAAUCGAAUAAAAAUGCAUAUUAAAAUCACAUGAAAUUGUUAACCAAUGUUAUUGGAAUAUUGUUGUUAUAUUAUGUAAAAAACGAUACCUAUAUAAAAGAUGUAAUUUAAAAAAUGUAUGUAAUUUAAUUUAAAAAAUGAUGUAUGUAAUUUAAAAAAGCAGUUUUAAAAAGACUCAGCGCUAGUUUUAUCCCUACUCGCCCUGGGCGAGAUUUUUACGACGCCCUUUUGUACCAUUAAUAGAAGGGCGUUUUUUUUAAGUUGCAAAACCUGCAAAUUAAGAAUGUUUCGUGUUUGUAGACUUGUGACGCCCCUUACUGCAAGGCGCCCUGGGCGGUCGCCCUAACGCCGAAAGUGUAUCCAUUCUCGUAAUACCUCUAUAGUUUAAUGUUAAACAAUAAAAUACAAAAUUGAUUGUUAUGAAAUAUUUGCAAUAAAAUAAUGAGAAAAAAGAUAAAAAUCAAGAAAAACUCUUGGCUUUUCUCUGAAAGUUAAUGCGACACUUUUGUUAGAAUUCUCGAAAAAUUAUUCCAUAUGUAAAAUGUUUUAUGUAUUCAUAAAAAUAAGUUUAGUAAAUCAUUGUUAUUGAGUC